CUGGUCACCUCGUUCCUUCUUUCGACAAGGUUACAAUGUCCAACGACCUAUCACAACCAGGUCCCGUGCCUUGGUUCGACCACCAUCUCAAGGUCCUCAAUGACUCCUACAUUGCUUUUUUCCAAGAGAGAGCGAAGCUAGAGGAAAACUAUGUGGAGGCACUCUUCAAGCUGUGCCAGCGCGCGAAAAACGUUGAUAGUCAAUUAGACCGCAUUGAAACUAGUUCUACAAGAUUGGCAUGGCGGGAGGUGACAGGCGAACUGGAACGCGAAGCUACAACACGUGGUGCCUUCAUCGAAUCAAUCCGCCAGGACGUUCUAGCCCCGCUGUCUGCCUUCAAAGAAACGCAGGAGCGUACUCGAAAGCGUAUCAAGGAAGAUUCUAAAGAGAGUUAUCAGCGUUACCAGGAGAUGGCAGAGAGCACUUUGCCCAGACUGAAGCGCAACUACAUCAAAAAAUGCCAGGACGUAGAGGACCAUCGUGCCCAAGAACGUGCCAUCGAGAUGCAGAAGCAACUCCUCUCAAACCCACUGGCCGCUCCCACUGGACCCGGAGGCUCUCUUUCCAAUGUACCGAUGGCGCCUCAGGCUAUAUCUCCCAUUCCGCUUCCGCCAUCAGCUGGACUUCCGACACAACGAGCUCGAUCUCCAUCAGGAUCAGGAGGGUUUUCCGAUUUAGCGCAACACGGCAAAAAACAAUUCGGUCAAUUCAUGAACUUUCUCAAUGAGCGGAGAGAUGUGAGAGAGGGAAAUGGGCCUGUCAAUAAGGAUAUGCAGAUAUUGCCCAUCGCUGAGAGGGGCUCUGGACCUAUGCGAAGCGUAAAGGCCAAGCGAGAGGCUGAAGAAGCCGACAAAGAGUACAGGAAAGGCGUGUUUCGUCUGGAGACCUUGCGACUCCGAAGAGAGAAAAUUCUGUUAGCCGGCUAUACGAGUUUGGAAGAGUUUGUAAAGGAAUCUGCGGAAGUCGUCAAAGGAGUCCUCCGGACGUAUGCCGAUGGUUUAGAGGCGACCGGCACAGCCAAUGCUUCCCUGUCCCGGGACCUGCAACACAGUGUGGGGAGUAUUACUCCAGCAAAAGAUGCCUCUCUUGUUCGAGCAGCAGUGCCCAAUGCGAUGGCUCGAGCUUUACCAAAGAGAGUAUUAUACUGGAACUACUCUGUGGGCGAAUGCAAUGACCUAAUGUUCGGGGUCAGCUUAGUGGACUACGCUACUGCUCGGAGUCUGGCAGAUGGCGAGGCACCAGAUCUAAUCAUGAAGUGUAUAGAGGAAGUGGAAGAACGAGGAUUGGACUCCGAGGGUAUCUACCGAGUAUCAGGUCGUCACGCAACUGUCCAAGAGCUAAUGCGCAAAAUAGAGAGAAAUGAAGAUGAAUUUCGAUUCAAUCCUCUGUUGGAUGAUAUAUAUACAAUUUGUUCCCUUCUAAAGCUUUACUUGCGCGAGUUACCUGAGCCUGUGUUUCGGUUUUCCCUCCCAGAUCGCCUUCAGUAUAGCGAUAAACGAGAAGAACAUGUCUCUAAUAAUUUUUUGGUGUUGAAGUCGAAGCUUCGUAGGCUCCCAUCAAUCCAUCAAGCAACUUUGCGUGUCAUUGUGGAGCACUUGGCAAAAGUGGCCGGCAGAAGCAGUCAGAACAAGAUGGACGCCAAGAAUCUGUCCCUCAUUUUUGGGCCUGUCGUAUUUGGUGAGGACGACAUGCCUAAGAAUGGCGACGUCCUAAGCGUAGGUACAACCAAGGAUACCUUGAUGGAGGAUCUCAUCACAUUUGCGCCGUUGGUAUUUUCGGAUCAACCUGCUCCGUCACCAACUAGACCGCAGUCACCCCCAUUGCCUUCGAAGCCAGAAAAUGAAGAGCCGGCUGCCGGUCCACGGGGCAAUCCUUAUGGUACCGAACACAGCUCAUUUGUCCUUAUCCCGCCCAGAGAAAAGGACGCCCCAACGAUUCCGACACAAUCAGGGAUGACCAGCAGCAUUCAUCCAUCCAAUAGAAUCCAAAACAGCCCUACGGACGCACUGUGGACCCAGGGUGAACACACAGUUGGUAUAGUCACCACAGAAUCACCACCACAUCUGUCAAGCGAGCCCACCGCGAGUGACGAAGAUCGCACGGUACUUGCUCAUAGCCUCUCUUCCAGUGAUUCUGUGGGAUCGACCCGCAGCGCUCUCACUCCAAGCCCCUCAAAGUCCCAGCGAAGCUCGUCCAAAAGCCAGCGAACGAGUCCACUGAAUGUAACCACUGCCCUAGUCCCACAGAGCGUUCACCAGGACUGCGAAACAGUGUCCCCCACAAGUACAACACCCGUGACAGGUGGUUCUUUCCAAUCUACAAAAACAUCGUUUUCCAUUGAAGCGUCCGCAUCGCCAGGGACAGAUUCAGGAGUUGGCGAUUAAGCAGGACCUUCGUAAAUAGUACACAAGCUUUCUACGAAUUUCACUUCGUCAAACUCCAUUUUGUACAUACCGAUUGUCCUGUAGCUUUCCGUGACUCCAGUGCC